CGGCUGCUCGACCUGGCCGCAGCAAGUUAGGCUGAGGCACGGUUAUAUAGACCGGCGACGGAGCACGCGUGUGUGCGGACGCAGUUGCGUGAGGGGAUUUCGCCUUCCGCCGUGCCGUGGAGCAGAGCUUGUUCCUCUCCCUCUCAGCCGCGCAGGUUGAAUUGACCAAAGCAAUGGUUAUGGAGAAGCCUAGUCCCCUGCUGGUCGGGCGGGAAUUUGUGAGACAGUAUUAUACGCUCCUGAACCAGGCCCCAGACAUGCUACACAGAUUUUAUGGAAAGAACUCUUCUUAUGUCCAUGGGGGAUUGGAUUCAAAUGGAAAGCCAGCAGAUGCAGUCUAUGGACAGAAAGAGAUCCAUAGGAAAGUGAUGUCACAAAACUUUACCAAUUGCCACACUAAGAUUCGCCAUGUUGAUGCUCAUGCCACUCUGAAUGAUGGUGUGGUGGUCCAGGUGAUGGGGUUGCUCUCUAAUAACAACCAGGCUUUGAGGAGAUUCAUGCAGACAUUUGUCCUUGCUCCUGAGGGCUCUGUUGCGAAUAAGUUCUACGUUCACAAUGAUAUCUUCAGAUACCAAGAUGAGGUCUUUGGUGGCUUUGUCACUGAGCCUCAGGAGGAAUCUGAGGAAGAGGUAGAGGAACCUGAAGAAAGACAGCAGACACCUGAGGUGGUACCUGAUGAUUCUGGAACUUUCUAUGAUCAGAGUGUCAGCAAUGACUUGGAAGAACAUUUAGAGGAACCUGUUGCUGAACCAGAACCUGAUCCUGAACCAGAACCAGAGCAAGAACCUGUGUCUGAGAUCCAAGAGGAAAAGUCUGAGCCAGUAUUGGAAGAAACUGCUCCUGAGGAUACUCAGAAGAGUUCUUCUCCAGCACCUACGGACAUAGCUCAGACAGUACAGGAAGACUUGAGGACAUUUUCUUGGGCAUCUGUGACCAGUAAGAACCUUCCACCCAGUGGAGCUGUUCCAGUUACUGGGAUACCACCUCAUGUUGUUAAAGUACCAGCUUCACAGCCUCGCCCGGAAUCUAAACCUGAAUCUCAGAUUCCACCACAGAGGCCUCAGAGAGAUCAAAGAGUGCGAGAACAGCGGAUAAAUAUUCCUCCCCAGAGGGGCCCCAGACCAAUCCGUGAGGCUGGUGAGCAAGGUGAUGUUGAGCCCCGAAGAAUUGUGAGACACCCUGAUAGUCACCAACUUUUUAUUGGCAAUCUACCACAUGAAGUUGACAAAUCGGAGCUUAAAGAUUUUUUUCAAAGUUAUGGGAAUGUGGUGGAGCUACGCAUUAACAGUGGCGGGAAAUUACCCAAUUUUGGUUUUGUUGUGUUUGAUGAUUCUGAGCCUGUUCAAAAGGUCCUUAGCAACAGGCCCAUCAUGUUCAGAGGUGAGGUCCGCCUGAAUGUGGAAGAGAAGAAGACUCGAGCUGCCCGCGAAGGGGACCGGCGAGAUAACCGCCUGCGGGGACCAGGAGGCCCUCGAGGUGGGCUGGGUGGUGGAAUGCGAGGCCCUUCCCGUGGAGGCAUGGUGCAGAAACCCGGAUUUGGAGUGGGAAGGGGAAUCGCUCCAAGGCAGUGAAUUGCUCUUCAUUGAUCUUCACACAGCUCCUGCAGAAUGGUGAAUUUCUUACACCAGCGUUUGGUAUCCUGGAGUUUGACCCUAGUCUAUGAUAAACUGCUUAAGUUUGUACAAUUUUACUUUUUGUGUUAAUGAUGUGUGCUCCCUCUCCCGCCCUUCCCUCUCCUCACCUUUUAGUCCUUCACUUCCAAUUUUGUGGAAUGAUAUUUUAGGAAAAACAGAUUUUUAAAGAAGAGAAAAAGACUGAAUUUCCUUGCUUUACUUUUGCAUAUACAGACUGGAUUUUUUUUUUAACAGCCGUUUCCCCAAAGGAAUGUGUCUUGCUUAUUACUGACAUUUGGUAUGUUUCAUUCAUUGGAAUAUUUCUUAUUUUCUAUGUGUUGCAAAAGCCUGUGAGAAACACAGGAUUUGAUAAACAUUUGAAGGCAGGAAAAAUCCAGAUUGUUUGUUCUUUGAGAGUCAUGACUACCUUCUGGUGUGUAGAAAUUGCCAUUGGAAAAAUUGACAGUUCUGAUUCUUGCUGGUAUGGUUAAAAACUGAAUAAAAGGUAUUAGUAGAGUUUUUUUUUUCUUUUGAUAUGUGAUCACCAAACAAUUACAAACUUACUGUUUUUACCAUUUAAAUUGUGAGAUAGGUUUUAAAUGUCUAGAAUGCAACUGAUUGAGAUUUCUUUUGAAGUAGAGUUUUUUCAUGUUUAAUUUGUAUUUGUAAAAAAGAAAAAAAAAACAAAAACACAAAAAGCCCAAAAAACAAAAAAGAAACCCCAAAAUCCAAAUAACAUAAAACCAGAGCAAAACUGUUGUGCCUUCUAUUUAUCUUUGAUUCCAGCCUUGGCAGUUAAAGGAAAAAAACAAAAGUCUAGAUUUGUUUUACCAGGUGUAGAGUAUGUUGGGAUUGAAGAAUCCCUCUUUUCACCUAGUAUGUCUUCUGUUCAUUUGUUACGCCUUAUUCUUAAAAUUGAGUCUCAAACUGGAAUGCCUUUAAGGACAGAUAUGCUUCUAUGGAGGUCCUUUGACCUAAAUAGUCCAGCAUUUGUAUUUUUAUUUUGAAAUCUGUUCAGAAUCCUAAUCAUAGCCCCAUACAAAGGAAUAUAACUUUAUUAUUGGACUUUGUGCUCUAGUGUCUGCCCGUUUUUUUUCUUUAAAUCAUAGCCAUAUGGUAAAUUUUCUAUUUUGUUAUGGUUCUCUUUUAUUGAUGGGCAUGCAGUGGGUGUUUCUUGGAAAUGGCCAAUUUUUAUUAAAAUAUUUCUGGAAGAAAAAUUAAUCUGGCAAUAUAGACUAAUAUUCGUUUUACAUAGUAUGUUAAUUUUUUGAGUGCUGUGUGUGAGGUGGGUGAAGGUUUUGUUUACACAUUUGUGAAGCAAGCCUUUGAUAACUUGUGAAACUAACUGAAGGGCAACAAGGUUGUCAAAUUUAACUUAUUUAUUUUCUUAACAGUAUUCAUCAUUAGGACUGUUUGAGGGUAGAAUAUGAGUAGAAUAGGAAUCUUUGUUUUGCUGUUACUGGGAAACUCUACUUUUGCUGAAGGGGUGUAGUCUUAAACUAAAAUGAAGUUUGACAUUAUCGGUUCUCAGUACCUGAAAUAUUUGAAAAUUGGCAUAUUCUCCUUCAUAAAGAAACUUAUAUAACUGGGUCACAGGGCUGUUUUUGGGUCAGCUUAAAUAACUAUUUGGUAACCACUUCAUUUGACCCAGGCCAGUGAUAAUUGGAAGAAAUUCAGCUUGUACUUUUGUAGCUUAUAUUAAGCCUGUGGUGGAAAUAAAAAAUUUAGCUGAAGUUGUUUUUGGAAAAAAAAAUACAGUUGCAGUAACAGUAGGGUCAUAAAUUAAGGAUAACCUAGAAGUCAUUUUUCACAAGUAAAUGCUCAUCUAUACACCUCACUAGGCAUUUUUUUCUUAGUAGUUGAAGGGCACCAGCUGGAUGCAGUGAUUCUCAGCUCAAGCUGUUGUUACAUCCUAGAGAACAUUUGGAAAUGGAUGAGAUUUGGGGCAGAGGGAAGAGACAACACGCCUGGCAUUUAGUGGAUGGGGCCAGCAAUGCCAAAUGUUGUAUAGAAGUGAAGCAAACCCCACUGAGAUGGAUAUUCCUCAUUCCCUAUAAUGCUGCAUGGAGGAUGGAGGGGUGGACGAGGACAGCCAGAGUGAAGACUCAGUCCUUUGAAAAAUAAUCUCAGAUAAAUUAAUUAGCAACUAGAAAUCUCUUUUCAGGAAUUAUAGUAACAUCUACUGUAGGUAAUUGAUAAUCUCACUUUAUUUGUACCCAUGUAUGCUUUUAAAGAAAUAUUUGGAGAGGAAGUAACAAUGUGUUAGAUGCUUCUUGUAACUUUUUGCAUAAGCUUAGAAAACAAAAGAUUGCUUUAGUAAUUUCAAGUCAUCAGAAUGGGAUGGUUGUGGAGUUUUAAAUAGCAUUGGACUUUACGUCAGAUUUAGCAUCAUGAUUAACACUAUGAAAAAUCCCAGUAUCAUUGUUUACAUUAUUGCUGAUAAAAUAAAUAUGAUAACCUAGUACCUACAUAUUCAUACACGUAGAAAACGAAAAUAGGUUAGGACAAGAUUUUCUAUAGGCAGCAUCAGCUCAUCACAUUCAUCUUUUUGGGUUUUAAAAUAAGAUUCCAUCUGUAAGAAUGGCCCAGUGUACAGUUAUUUUCUGCUGAGCUUUAAAUCCUUCACCCAUGAGUAUUUUAGCUAAGUAAGAUUAGUUUGGUUUGAUGGUCUUAGUUUUUGAAGGCCUGUUGAAAGUAAGCAGUAGAUCUUGGGCCUUAAAAAAAUGUAUGUUUUCCUUUGUGGUGAGGUUGGGCUUACCUGUGUAUUACUACGUUCUCAACUUUUUUUUUUUUUUUUUCUUACGUUCUCAACUUUUUGAGCUUUUGCUGGGAGCGGUGAAGUGGAUAAUCCAAAAACCAUUAUUUGGCUUUGGGUGGUGGGUAGGUUACCCCCAGAGUAUUAGUUGAACUGCACUUUGGUUUUAGGUUAGAAGCUAAUUUUCACAAUUAACCCUGUGGAUUAGGUGCUAUUUUUUCCGAAAGCAAUAGAUGAAUAAGAAAUCGCGUCAGAGCAGUUAAAUGACUAAGCUUCUAAGUCAUCCAUGUAGCAAGGAGCGCUGAUUGGCCUCCAAACUGAUGCUUUUUCUCUAGAACCCUGAUGCCUACCUAUUUCCAUUCAAGUGACAUACUGAAGAAUAGGACAUGGCCAUAAUAAAUUACUACAGUACAGAUACAAGCCUGUAACAUUCAGAGAAAGGUUAGCAUUCUCCAUUUCCUUGAAGGUAAACGAGAUAAGGAAACAAUUGAUUUUGCAGGGCUCCUUUUGAUUUGUAUAGACUGUAGUAACACAGUAACAAUGACUUGUUCUUAGGUUAUUUUUUCUCAUCUGUUUUUUUUUUUUUUCAUCUGUUUUUUUUAAAUACAUGUAGGACAACCUUGAAAUCUGAAUGUGGAAGGUAACUUUUUAUAAUACCUUAAUCCAGGUGGGUUUGUAGCAGUUAUGUUUUGUGCUUAUAACUGCCAUCCUUUGAUAGUUUUCUUCAUCCCCUUAUUUGAAAUUCCUUGUAGAGUUUAAUAAUUUAGUGGGAAACGUGGCACUUUAUAGAAAACAAUUUGUUGAAAUCUAUAUGGAAAUAAUCUUCCUAUGAGGUUUAAAUUUAUAGUCCAUUGUUUAUGCUGAGUGGCUUAUUUCUUUUAAGUAAAUGAUUGCAUUUGUCUACUGAUCUAAAGAUAACUUAUUGAAGUUUUAUUUUUGUGUUACUUAAAAGAAUCUUCAGGAACUGCAUACAAACAAGAUCAUUGUUAACCUUUUGGUUCAGCAAUUUUGAACCUUGUGGAAGAAAAAGCAACUUCAACUUUAGUUUGAAUAUGGGGUUUUAGCUAACAGUGUAAUAUACUACAGAUGGGCAGUGGACAAUUAGAGUCUUCCACAAAUGUUUUAGAAACCUUAAAGAAUGUAUUAGAAACUUAGCAACAUUUAGUGUGGGCAGUUGCUGAUCAAGUAAUGGCCAUGUGGCAGUAGAUAAGUAAAUAUUUCUUAUUUUAAGGUAAUACUUUUGGGAUUUGUAUUUGUUUACUGUGAUAUUGAGGUUCUGGGGACCAUAGGUAGGCUUGUGAACUCUUAGACUGUAUUACAGGAGAAAUAGUGGCACAUGUGAGAUAAAACUUAAUUACUUCUUAAUAGAUACGUUGCUAGCUCAGGAUAAUGGCUAAAAUUAGUCUGCUUUGCUCAUGAUUUCAUGAAACAGUUUCAUUAUGGCCUGUAUGAGUAAAAAUCUGAUUAGCAAUGGUUUAAAAAACCCAUACUCAGUUUUGGUUUUGAUUAUACCUAUGUAUUGGCUUACAAUCAAGCUUGUUUACUUUUUAUAUGACUUGUUUUGAAAACCUUGGACAGACUCAGCCUCUCCAGUUUCCACUUGAACCGGGUAGGUUUUUUUUUAGUUCCCUACGAGAGGAAAAUCGUAUUGGAAAUCAGUACCACAGUUACUUCCAUAGACCGUGUGACCUGGCCAAUUAUAGAAAUCUGUACUCAUUUGAGAACUUUGGAAUAUGGCCAGUGUCACAGAUUCCUAAGGGACUUACAGCCAUCCAAUGUGUCUUGUCUUUUAAAAAAGUAAAUUAAGGGAUGUUUACCAGAAAUUCACUAUUGAAUUUAACAAGUAUUUAUUUUUCAGAAACCUGCUUAUGGGAAGUUUGCCUGUAUUUUUGGUAGUAAUUAGACAAUUAUAUCUUGUUUAAUCUGGAUAUAAACAGUUUUAACUAUUGCUGUAAUUAACCACCUUGGUUACUGAUUUUCUCCCCCAAGCUUUGAUGUCACCUGUUUGGAUUUGAUUUAAAUUCUUAAAUGUUCUUGUGAAGAGUAUAUUCACUGAUUUGGCCCUUUUAAAUGAAGACAUUAUACCAAAAAGCUGGCAUAAGGGAGUUUUAGGGGAGAAGAACAGGUCUUGCUUUCUUGAAAGAUACAGUGUAUGCUUUAGAUUAUGUAGAACACAUCAUGUUACAAAUAAGUUUAUAUAGGUAGAUGUUAGAUUUUGAAGAAUGGGUGGAUGUGGAACUUAGCUCAUGGGAUAAGAAUCACUUGUGAUUUAUAUGGUGAAAAAUUUCUAAGUGAGAAACAUAAUAUUUUAAGUUUUUCUUCUCAUUCUGAUUAUUAACCAUAAGAGGCAGGAGAGACUCCUAGAAUUCAUUGAAUCGUAGUUAGUGCUGGAAAAGACUAACAUCCCCUUCAUUUUUCAAAAGAUAGAUGGCUCAGAGAAUAGAUUAUUAGCACAGAGUCCCAAAUUGGCUUAUAGAAGUAACAUGGAGCACCUCCAGAGUCACCACUCUGCCCUAGGUUCACAGUAGGAAGCCAGAGAUGUUAAAGGUCAAGAUGUGGGGAGAAAAGGGAAGGAGCCACAUUUUAUAUGCUUAUUCAGUUGCUACUAUAGCUCGGUUUUCAUACCCAGUUUUUCUCUAUUUUCUUAGAACUGUCUUAAUGCCCAGUUCUACCAGGGCCUAUUGUCUAAGGAUAUUACCUUGUGCUCCCCUCAGGGAUGGGUUUACUACUAGCUGUCAGAAAGCUAUUGGGUAUCCUAAUGUGUUAAUAGCUGAAACUCAGCUGUAAUUUUCUCCUAAAUCCUUCAGCAUUUUGCAUUCUGUACAUUGUGGUGCUUUCCCCCACCUUGUAUUGUUAUAACUGUAAGCUCCUAAGGGGCAGCAAUUUGGUCUUAGGCAUGUACCCUGUUCAGUGCCUGGCAGCGCCAUGUACAUAUCAGGGUCCUAAUCUUCCUUUCCAGUGAUUCUCCCAUUCUUCAUGGAGGUGAUGCUCCAGCCAUGAUAAUAAAUUACUUAGGAUUUUUCUAAUAAGCCUGGCGUUGCUGAUUUUGUGGCUUCAAGUGCCUUCUUUCUUCCCUGAAGAUAGACUUGCAUCUAUAUCCCCCUUCCCCAACUCUCUUGCCAUCGAAAUUACUUUUUUCAAGACCCAGUUCAAGAGCAUUUUUCUUUUCCCUAAGAGAAAAGAUUUGUGAUGGGAGUGUGGAACCCCCCCCCCCUUUUGGGGUUAAUUUGGCCAGAAUUUGAAAUGGGGGGCAAAUUUAUUCUUGUCUGAUUCCUUUUUACAUUGCCCUUCCUGUUGGAGAUUCUGUCCCAACCUUCGUUUUUUAAAAAUAUGUGUUCGUAGAGCACUUUAUACCUUUCUCCUAGCCCAUAAUUUACCCCUUCAACCUACAAUUAGAAUGACCUAUAUCUGUUUUACUACCUUAUUAGACCAUAAGCUCCUAGAGGAAAAGGACUAGGGGGUUAUCCCUGUAUUUCACCAGAAGGUACAGUGACUUCCAUAAAAAGAAUCCUUAAAAGAUGACUCAUUGAGUUGAAUAAAUUAACGUAUUUCUGUUUUCAUUCUUACAAGUGAGGCAUGCCUUAGAGAUAGGACUUAAUAAAUUGUAGGCACUAUGAUGAUUCAUAGUGGAGGGAAUUGUUGGGAAAUUUUAAGGGGUGGGCAGAGGAGGGAGGAAGUCACUGGUCAUUCAGCGGUACUUCCAUCCUUGGUCUGGGUGAUAGGCCAUUUCUUUCUGCACCCAGCCUAUCCUAGACACUUCGUUCCUAUGCAGGAAAAUUUUAUGUGCCAACUUUGAUUUCUUUUCACAAACUGAACCCAUUGUUCUCUCAGUUCAUGUCGUCACCCAUGCCACAUGUCUGCGUCCUCUGCUGCUUUUUUCCUUACUCAAGCUAAGUCCUGUCAUUGCUACCUCAAGUCUUUCACAUCUCCUCCACACUCAGAUAAUCUCAGUGGACUCUUGGCUUCUUUUACCUGUUCUGAUCCCCCGCCUACCUUAUACACAAUAUUAGGUUCAUCUUACUGAAACAUAGCUCUGACCAUGUAUCCCAUGUAUGUGUUCUAUCUCCCCUACUAGACUGUAAGCUCCUUAUGGGCAGGAUCUGUGUCGGAGUCAUCUUUGUAUCUCCCAUAGUACCUAUCAAUAAAUAUUUCUUGAAUGAACAACAUAAA